AUCUGAGGGGAAAAAGAUCUCGAAAUUGCAAACCCCACCAUUGCAUUCAUCGCGCUUUCUCUUCGCCGCUCGCUUCCAAAGCUCUCUUUCUUCCAACCUUCCUCUGCAAUCCCUUCCAAACCUUUCAGAUCUCCCCUUUCUUUUCAUCCUUUUUCUUUUUAAGAUCCAGGGCUUUUAAUUUUUUUCCAAUUCCUUGCACUUUUUCCUUUUUUUUUCUCCUUUCUUCUUGUAGGGAUUGAUUUGUAGUUAGAUUUUCAAUCGUGGGUUCCGUCUGAACGUUCUAUACGAUCGGUUUUUUUUAAAAAAUUGUUUUACGGGUAUCAGUUUUUUCUCAGGAAAAGAAUAGGAAAAUAUAGAAAUAUUUCAUUUUUUCUUGCGGGUAUUUGGGUGUUGAGAUCAUGGGGAGUUCUGAAGGGGUGGGAACAUCGUCGAAGCAAUACGGUAUCACGAAACCCAUUUCGAUGGCUGGACCAACGGUUUAUGAUUUGCAAAGAACUCUUGAGUUAGAAAAGUUUCUCGCUGUUUCGGGACUUUAUGAGAACAAUGAGGAAGCUGCUAAGAGAGAGGAGGUUCUUUACCGACUUGGACAGAUAGUAAAACAUUGGGUGAAGCAACUCACUCGCCUAAAGGGAUACACUGAUCAAAUGGUGGAAGAUGCAAAUGCUAUCAUUAUGACUUUUGGUUCUUAUCGCCUUGGUGUUCAUGGUCCUGGGGCUGACUUAGACACAAUAUGCAUUGGACCUUCCUACGUGAAUCGCGAGGAGGAUUUUUUCUACACAUUGCAUGAUAUCCUAGCCAACAUGGAGGAGGUUUCUGAACUGCAACCAAUUCCAGAUGCUCAUGUCCCAGUUAUGAAAUUCAAGUUUGAUGGAAUAUCAAUUGACCUCCUUUAUGCCAGUAUUUCUCGCUUGAUUGUACCUGAAGACUUGGUUAUAUCUGAUAUCACUCUUCUACACAAUGUUGACGAGCCUACUGUGCGAAGUUUAAAUGGCUGCAGAGUUGCAGAUCAGAUUCUAAAGCUUGUUCCUAAUGUUGAGCACUUUCGUACAACACUUCGUUGCUUGAAAUUUUGGGCCAAAAGACGAGGCAUUUAUUCCAAUGUGACAGGUUUUCUUGGUGGUGUUAACUUGGCACUUCUUGUAGCUCGAGUGUGCCAGUUGUAUCCAAAUGCUGUUCCGAGUAUGCUUGUUUCUCGAUUCUUUAGGGUAUAUACACAGUGGAGGUGGCCAACUCCGGUCAUGUUAUGUCCAAUAGAGGAAAAUCAACUUGGUUUUUCUUUUUGGCAUCCUCGUAAAAAUCCUCGUGAUCGAUCCCAUCUCAUGCCAAUUAUUACUCCUGCCUAUCCCUGUAUGAACUCUAGUUAUAAUGUUUCUACAAGCACACUUCGUGUUAUGAUGGAACAAUUCCAAUUUGGCAACAAGAUCUGUGGGGAUGUAGAAUUGAACAAAGGUUGUUGGGAGGAUCUGUUUGAACCAUACAGCUUUUUUGAAAGUUAUACAAACUACUUGCAAGUUGACGUAGUUGCUGCUGAUGUUGAUGACUUGCGCAAUUGGAAAGGUUGGGUGGGAUCACGCCUUCGGCAGUUGACCUUGAUGAUUGAGCGUGACACUUUUGGGAAGUUGCAGUGCCAUCCCUAUCAUCACGAGUAUAUGGACACCUCAAGGCAGAGUGCACAUUGUGCUUUCUUUGUGGGUUUACAGAGGAAGAAGGGAGAAGUAGUUCAAGAAGGCCAGCAAUUUGAUAUACGAGGAACAAUUGAUGAAUUUUUGCAUGCAGUCAAUAUGUACAUGUUCUGGAAACCAGAGAUGGAGAUUUUUGUUUCUCAUGUUCGGAGAAGGCAAAUUCCAUGCUAUGUGUUUCCUGAUGGUUACAAAAGAUUGCGAUCAUCAAGGCCAACCUCAACACGUGAGAAUCAUAAAUCAUUUCCUAAAAAUGAGGUUUCUGGGACUGACAAUGUUGAGAGAAUUCGUAAGAGGAAGAACAAUGAUGGGUUGGGUGUGAGGGAGGAUGCAACACUGAAAAAGCAAUGUAGUACUCUUCCUGAAGGUAGAGGGGCAAGUAGCAGUGUGUCUGAUAGUCAACAGUUGUCAAGCAGUGAGCAAGAGUUAGGUAGAACGGAGUCUCCUGAACCUGCCUCUAAUUCUAGUGGGUUUGCUUCCGUUACAAGUGAUAGUGGUUCUUCUGAAGAUAUUGGAGCCGAUUCUAUGGCAGGUUGUGCUGAAGAUAACACCGGGGGUGUUGAUAUGAUGAACAACAAUGGCAGGUUUGAGAGUAGUACUUACGAGAACGUUUCUGGCACACUGGUGAAGAACAGAUUGACAAGUUCUGAGGGAGUAUUUCAACACGAGCUACAGGUGCAGUUGCAGCAAAAUGCAAUGUUAGGGAUGGUUCUUGAUUCUACAGGAAACGUUCAUUCAGAGGUGGUGCAAGAACCAGUAAUAAGGCAUGCUCUCAUGUUUAAUAAUCACCGUUUUUAGAGCUUGACUACUUGUGUUUUGUCUUUAUGUUGUCUCUUGUGCUUCUUUGGUGUAUAUAACAGGAGACUGGGUGUGGCAUCUGCAGUGUGAAGGAUGAGUAACAAUGUGUAAGACUGGACACUUAUGCAGUGGAGAAAUCAAGGGGAGCCAGUAGUUUGGGUAAGUAGUAAUUUAAAUGGCUGGCUUUCAUUUCUCUAUUUUUUUCAGGCUUGCUUGGCCAUUCAAGCUUGCAAAUUUUGCAACUGAUCACAUCAAGCCGAAGAGCUGGAGCUGGGAUUUGUCAGCCGCCACUUGUACAGUUGCAUUUUUUAUGCCGUUUGACUCAGCUAACCUACACUAUAUCUUGUUUAGGAUCCUCCUAAACUUUUAGGGCAUAUUCAAAAUGUGCUGUACUAGGCCUUUGUUGACCCUUUUGGGUUUUCUUUUUCUUUUUCAUCUGGUUUUUAUAGGGUAGGCAGAGAGCAAGGGCGAGGGUGGGAAUUGGGUUAUGUAGUGUUUUCUAGCAGAGGCUACUUUAUUAUACUCUGAUAUUCUUGGUUA